CUGAUUUGUAUCCAUUUGUGGUCCAGAUAGACAGCUGAGAGGGGUCUGAGACAAAGUAAACAUGCGCUAUCUGGUACUGGUACUACUAUAUAUAGUGGUAGUUGACUGCGCUGUACAACGUGUGGCGAUCAACAGAGAAUCAGUAUGGAAACCAAACAAAAAGAAAGACAAUACCCUGAAGAGGGUACAGUGUAGUUGUACAUUUACUUUGGACAAGGAGUAUAAAGUCGGUACCUGGGAGGUCAACAUCACAGUGAACAAGCCGACAGAGAAGUUGAAAAUUUGGAUAAUGAAGGUGGAGAAUCGUGCAGAUGACGGGUCAUGGUACGCAUGUAAGAAUAAGCACGAGUACCAGGAACAGGAAAUCAAAGUGAGCUUCCAGCUCGAUUUCAGGGGCAAAAAACCGAGAGGAGAAUGUGUGAGCAAUUUACCGGAAGUAGUUACCACCACAGAAGUUUAUACAACUACUCUUACACCAACUGAACCGGUAACUUCCGGUACAACAGCUUCGUCGACAUUCCAGACUACAACUGAAGCCAUUACAACAAAUGUAGCUGUAUCAACUACUGAAGACACGACACAGGGAGGGUCCGUUCCGAUCACAAUUGAAAACAACCACGUAUGGGCCUCGGAAAUGAAAGGCGUAUGUCUGUUCAAACUGGACCAAACUCUGGUAGAUUUUGAACUCCUGAUCACUUUCAGCAAGGCAACUUUUGAUCUGCAGGUAUGGGUUGGUGAAGUGAAAGAACAAGAUCCGAACGGGAAAUGGUACAAUUUGAAAAACCAUUGGCCCCAACAUCCACCACAAAUGAAAGUGGAAUUUUUGAUAAAAUUUCAAGGAACAGCUCCGACUGGCACGUGUACAUUAAACGAGAACAACGGCGGACUUACCACAACGCUGGCUCCAGUCACCACCAAACUAACACAAGGACCCGUUACAACCAAACCGACAGAUGUUCCCGUUACAACCAAACCGACAGAUGUUCCCGUGACUACUAAAGCGACACACAAACCAGUUACAACCGAACAGACAGAAGCUCCCGCUACAACCGAACAGACAGAAGCUCCCGUUACAACCAAACAGACAGAAGCUCCCGUUACAACCAAACAGACAGAAGCUCCUGCUACAACAGAACAGACACAGUCCCCGACUACGGAAACAACAUCUUCAGCAAAACUAUCCACUGUAGAUCCGUCGGUGCUAAACACCAAGUAUGACUACAAAAAGGUUUUGGAACUAUCCAUUCUGUUCUACGAGGCACAAAGAUCUGGUAAACUUCCUGCGAGUAACCGAAUUCCAUACCGUGGAGACAGUGCUCUCACUGAUGCUGCCCCCGACGGAAGUUCUCUGGCCGGAGGCUGGUAUGACGCUGGUGACGGAGUGAAGUUCAACUUGCCUAUGGCUGCCUCCACCACUCUCCUUGCUUGGGGACUCACCAUGUUUGAGGACGCGUAUAGUGUCGCAGGCCAACAAAACUUAAUCCGGGACUCAAUAAAAUGGCCGCUCGAUUACUUCCUUAAAUGUUGGAAACCAGAUACAAAAACAUACUAUGCACAGGUAGGAAACGGUGAUACAGACCAUGCAUAUUGGGGCAGACACGAGGACAUGAUAAUGAACAGACCUGCAUACAAGGUGGACACAAACAGCCCCGGAAGUGACGUAGCUGCAGAUACUGCUGCCGCUCUUACAGCAGGGUAUCUCGCAUUCAAGACAACAGACCAAGCCUACGCCGACACUCUCUUGGACGCCGCCAAAUCUUUAUAUGCCUUUGCCGACCAGUACAGAGGUGUUUAUAGUGAUUCUAUACCUAACGCCGGCAAAUUUUACAGGUCUUAUAGUGGUUAUAAAGACGAGUUGUGCUACGCAGCCGCCCUGCUUUAUAAGGCAACAGGUGACAAUUCCUAUCUAACAGACGCUAAGCAGGUCGUAGACUUAGGAAUGGCUUAUGCACAGGAUUGGGAUAACAAGAUGACUGCCUGCCAGGUAAUGCUGUACGAGGCUGUUCCCCAAAAUGAGAAGUCACAGUACGCCGCAUCCGUCAAGGAAUUUCUUAAGGCAUACAUGCCCGGGGGUAGCGUGGGGCAUACCCCGGACGGGCUAGCUUGGCGAGCACAAUGGGGCUCUCUCAGAUAUGCAGCUAACGCUGCAUUCAUAGGGGUAGCAGCCGCCUAUAUGGGUAUUGGAGACGUUCAAAGUUACAUUGGAUUUGCCGAAAAGCAAAUCAACUACGCUCUCGGAGACAAUAUGAACCAGAUCAGCUAUGUAGUUGGUUUUGGAAAUAAAUAUCCACUUCAACCUCAUCAUAGAGCAAGUUCAUGUCCAGACCAUCCCGCUCCAUGUGGUUGGAACGAAUUCAACCUCGAUGCCCCCAACCCGCAGAUUUUAUACGGAGCACUCGUAGGAGGACCUAACAAGUUAGGGGUUUACACUGAUAGACGGAAUGACUACAUUACCAACGAGGUCACGUGUGACUACAAUGCUGGCUUUCAGUCAGCUGUAGCAGGCCUCAUCCACUUCGCACUUAAAAACCAGUUGUAAGCAAACAUCGCCGAGAGAUCUUUAUCCUAAAAGUAAUAAAUCAUAUAGCAGAUUAA